AUGCACGAUCUUAUUGUGGUAGGCGGAGGCAGUGGUGGGCUUUCUCUGUCAAAGCGAGCUGCGUGUUUAUAUGGAAAGCGCGUGCUGCUGGUGGACAGAACCGUUUUGGGAGGGACGUGCGUAAACACGGGAUGCAUACCGAAGAAGAUGCUUUAUAACGCAGCAAACCUGCACGCAGAGGCUCGGGUUCUCUAUAGAAGCGCACGGGUGGAGUUCAAGUGGGCCGAGUUUAAAGAAAAGAGAAGCGUGUACAUAGAAUUUCUCAAUGGCAUGUACACAAAAAGAAACCAGAAAGACGGCGUGGAUACUGUUACGGGGGACGCCUCUAUUAAGGAUGGCGCUGUGGAGGUGAACGGAGUUAAGUACAGCGCAGAGACCGUUGUGCUUGCAAUGGGGUCCAAGCCCAGAGUCCUGGAGGUCAAGGGAAAAGAGCACUUUCUAACCAGCAAUGACUUCUUUAUGUUUGAGAGUGUGCCAAAGUCUGUUCUGAUUGUAGGAACAGGAUACAUUGCUGUCGAAACAGCGUUUGUCCUGGCAGAGUUUGGGUGCAAAGUGACUCUGGUGGCCCGGAGAACGGGAGUGCUCCGAGCGUUUGAUGAGGUUGUCCAGAGGGAGGUGCAUGCGUCUCUGUUGUCAAAGGGGAUCCAAGUUCUGGAGCGAGCCACUGUGUCUUCGAUGGAAGCAAAAAACGGGGAGGUUCGGGUUACGCUCUCCUUGGAGGACGGGCAGAAAGAGACAAAAGUCACUGCCGAGAAGGUGAUAUGUGCUACAGGAAGAGUAGCCAACACAGAGGCCAUCCACAUGCAGGCCAUAAAGGCAGACAGCAACGGGUUUGUGUGCACCAACAAGACGUUCAAAACCACGGUGGAUGGGGUCUAUGCCAUUGGAGACAUUACGAUGGAAAAGUACAUGCUUACGCCCGUGGCAAUAUUCUGUGGGAGGCGCUUGGCAGACUACCUGUACGGAAACACAACAGACAACAUAAAGAAGCUGGUGGACGCCGUUCCGACUGUUGUUUUCUCGCACCCUCCUGCAGGCUCUGUGGGAUACGCCAAGGAGGACUCCGAGAUUGCUGGGAAGCUGGUUUCUGUUGAGUGCAUAGAAACAUUCCACCCUCUCUCUAUAUUCAGUGACAGGAAGAAUGCAUACAAGUUUGUCUUCGACAGCGAGACAAGCGAGCUGUAUGGCGUUCAUGUGCACGGGGCUGAGUGCGACGAGAUACUCCAGGGGUAUGCUGCGUUGGUUCGAAGCCGGAUCAAGUAUGCGGAUAUGAAAGAGUACACAGCAAAAAUAGGCGGGACCAUGGAAGACAUUCUUUCUGGGGUGUUUGAAUAA